AUGCACGGCGCGGCGGAUCCGUGGAACGAUCCGAAAUACGCUGACGUCAAGUGGACGGUGUACCGCGACCGGGCGUACGACCUUCAGCCGUUCUACGACAAGCACCCAGGCGGGUCGUGGCUCCUGAACCUCGCGAUCGGGAGGGACUGCACCGCGCUGAUCGAGUCGUAUCACCUGAGGCCCGAGGUGAGCGACGCGCGAUUCCGCGGACUGCCGAAGCUCGACGGCUUCCCCGUGGAUUCCGUCCCCAAGUCGCCGCGGCCGAACGACUCGCCGCUGUACAACGCGAUCCGCGAUCGCGUCCGCACCGAGCUGUUCGGGGACGAUCACAAAUACUCCGGCGGACGGUUCGCGCAUCGAACCGGCGGCGACGCCGCGGCGGCGACGAUCGUGGGCACCGCGGCGGUGGCGUGGACGCUGUACGCCAAGUGCGGCGCCGUCGCGGGCGUCCUCCCGGCGAUCGCGACGGGCGCGUUCCUCGGGCUCGCCGGGGCGUGGAUCGGGCUGACGAUCCAGCACUGCGGGAACCACGGCGCGAUGUCGCCGAAGGUGUGGGUGAACAACGCGCUCGGGAUGACGGACGAUCUCAUCGGCGGCUCGUCGCUCAUGUGGCGGUAUCACCACCAGGUGAGCCAUCACAUUCACUGCAACGACAACGCGUUGGACCAGGACGUGCACACCGCGAUGCCGCUGCUGCGGUUCGACGCGAGGCAGCCGAAGAAGUGGUUCCACAAGUACCAGCACCUGUACUUGUUCCUCGCGUUCCCGCUCAUGCAGCUCGCGUUUCAGGUUGGCGACAUUCAGGGCUUGUUGACGCGAGACUGCGAGGGCGCCAAGCUGCACGGCGCCACGAACCUCGAGCUCGCGACCGUCGUGCUCGGCAAGAUCGCGCACUUCUCGCUGCUGCUCGCGCCGGCGUUUAUGGGCGCGUCCGCCGCCGCGGUCGCCGCCGGCGUCGCCGCGUUCACGGCCGUGCAGGGGAUGGUUCUCGCGUGCACGUUCGCGGUGUCGCACAACGUCGCCGAGGCGAAGAUACCGGAGGACACCGGCGGAGAGGCGUGGGAGAGGGACUGGGGCGUACAGCAGGUCGUGACGUCCGCGGACUGGGGCGAUAAGAUUGGGAACUUCUUCACCGGCGGGUUGAACCUGCAGGUGGAGCACCACCUGUUCCCGGCGGUGUGCUUCGUGCAUUAUCCCGCGAUUCGGAAGAUCGUGAGAGAGGAAGCCGCCAAGGCGGGCGUGCCGUACAGCGAGUACAGGACGCUGCCCGGGGUGUUCGCGGAGUUUAUGAAGUUCGUGAAGGACAUGGGGACGGCGGAGCAGAUCGGGGACAUCGCGGAGCCGGCGAGCCCGAACAGGACGAUGUGCCCGCUCGGGUUCGUGUCCAAGGAGCCCGCGCCCGCGGCGGCGUGA